UUCACCGCGAACGAGUUCUGUUCAUCUUCAAUUUCCUUUUCAAUUUUUUUUUUUUGGUUAAAGCGCCAUUUCGGUGCAGGAUCCCGCACAGAUCCUUUUCGCUCACGUUACGACCCCCGAACUACCCGAAAAAAAAACCCAAAACACCGGUUCCACCUGGGGUCUGGAGCUGCUGAACCUUUCGGAGUUUGUCCAUCGAUCCGCGCGGUGGUGGUGGUGGACGGUGUACUGUAAUACUGGCAAAUAGCAACACCGGCAACCCGGUAGCAACGGCAACAAGGGAUCUUUGAGCCCAUUGAGAAGCAGUUUGGUUAAACGAUGCCGACGAUGAUCGCGCCGAAUGAUGGAUUGGCCAGCUCGCAGCCAGUUGCUGCAGGUCAGCCGCAGCCCCAGCCCCAGCCCCAGCCCCAACACGGCACCGAUUACCGACCGACGACGGCAUCGCUCGUGCUGGAGGAUGGCACGAUCAUGCACGGCCACCGGUUCGGGGCGCACAAGAGCGUCGACGGUGAGGUCGUGUUCCAGACCGGUAUGGUCGGCUACCCGGAAUCGAUGACCGAUCCGUCCUACCACGGGCAGGUGCUGGUGCUGACGUACCCACUCGUUGGUAACUACGGCAUCCCGGACGGUGAUCUCGAUGAGUGCGGCCUGAUGCGCCACUUUGAGUCGAACAAUCGGAUCUGGACGGCGGGGUUGGUGGUGGGUGAGCAGUGCGACGAACCGUCGCACUGGCGCAGCCACCUUACCCUCUCCCAGUGGAUGGAACGGCACGGUGUACCCGGCAUCAGCGGUAUCGAUACGCGGGCGCUCACCAAAAAGAUCCGCGAGAAUGGCACCAUCCUGGGCAAGAUCGUACAGGAACGGGUCGAAUCGAGUGCCGGCUACAGCUUCAGCAAUCCGAAUCUGCGCAACCUGGUGGCGGAGGUGUCGCUGGCGGAACCGGCCACCUACAACCCAACCGGUAGCCCCCGGAUCUGUGCGAUCGAUUUCGGGCUCAAGCUAAACCAGGUGCGCUGCUUCGUGAACCGUGGUGCCCGGGUCGACGUCGUACCGUGGAAUGCCCGGCCCGAUCCGGCCACCUACGAUGGUCUGUUCCUGUCGAACGGACCGGGCGAUCCGGAGAUGUGCCGCGAGGUGGUGGACAACCUACGGGGUAUACUGAGCGACACCAAGACGCAUCCAAUCAAACCCAUCUUCGGUAUCUGUCUCGGGCACCAGAUCCUAUCGACGGCGGCCGGUUGCCGGACGUUCAAGAUGCGGUACGGUAACCGGGGGCACAACCUACCGUGCAUGCACCGCGGUACCCGCCGGUGCUACAUGACAUCCCAGAACCACGGUUUUGCGGUCGACUCGAGCCGGAUGCCGGCGGGAUGGGAAGAGCUGUUCGUCAAUCUGAACGACGGUACGAACGAGGGUAUCGUGCACGAGCGGUACCCGUACUUUAGCGUCCAGUUCCAUCCGGAACAUACGGCCGGUCCGGCCGAUCUCGAGGUACUGUUCGACGUGUUUCUCGAGAUGGUGCGCGAUGGGGGCCAGCGAGAGGGUGGCGUCCGUGAGCGGCUCGACGAGCGGCUCCGGUUCGUACCACCGGUACCGAUCGUAACCGAGCGACCGUCGAAGGUGCUGAUACUCGGUUCGGGUGGCCUUUCGAUCGGGCAGGCCGGUGAGUUCGAUUACUCCGGUUCGCAGGCGAUCAAAGCGCUGCGGGAGGAACGCAUCCAGACGGUGCUAAUCAACCCGAACAUUGCGACCGUCCAGACAUCGAAGGGGCUAGCGGAUAAGGUGUACUUUCUGCCGCUGACGCGCCAGUACGUGGAGCAGGUAAUACGGGCCGAGCGGCCCGGUGGCAUCCUGGUGACGUUCGGUGGUCAGACAGCCCUGAACUGUGGUGUUGAGCUGGAGCGGGCCGGUGUAUUCGCCCGGUACGGUGUCCGCAUAAUGGGCACCCCGAUCCAAUCGAUCAUCGAAACGGAGGACCGGCAACUGUUUGCGGAUCGUGUGGCGGAAAUCGGGGAACAGGUGGCACCGUCCGCGGCCGUCUACUCGGUCGAGCAGGCGAUGGAAGCGGCAGACCGGAUCGGCUACCCGGUGAUGGCCCGGGCUGCCUUCUCGCUCGGUGGGCUCGGUUCCGGGUUUGCGUGCAACGCGGACGAGCUGCGGUCGCUGGCGACGCAAGCGCUCGCCCACUCGACCCAGCUCAUCAUCGACAAGUCGCUCAAGGGCUGGAAGGAGGUCGAGUAUGAGGUGGUCCGGGAUGCGUACGAUAACUGCAUCACCGUGUGCAACAUGGAGAACGUUGAUCCGCUCGGGAUACACACGGGCGAAAGCAUCGUUGUCGCACCGUCCCAGACGCUGUCGAACCGGGAGUACAACCUGCUCCGUUCGACCGCCAUCAAGGUGAUUCGGCAUUUCGGGGUGGUCGGCGAGUGUAACAUCCAGUACGCGCUGAACCCGGAAUCGGAGCAGUACUACAUCAUCGAGGUGAACGCACGGUUAUCGC